CUACUCCCUGAAGGACCCACACACUCCCUCAGACCAUGGUUGCUGUAGGAAGUAACGAAGCCGGUUUCAUGCUGAGGAUGGGGCUGCAGGCAGCCCUGCUGCUGUCACUUGUGUCCGCAGUGACUGCAGGAGGAGACUCCAAGGCUGUCACCACCACCCUCACCACCAAAUGGACCUCCACACCAAUGCUACUGGAGGCCAGUGAGUUCUUGGCUGAAGAGAGCCAAGAAAAGUUCUGGGAUUUCGUGGAAGCCAACCAGGACAUUGAAGGGGAACAUGACGAUACGGAACAGGCCUACUAUGAGCUUAUUGUGAAGAGAGCCGGCGCCGUGCUCAGCCCCGUCCAGGUCAACAUGCUGAAGUUUGCCCUCUCCCUACGAGCCUACUCCUCCACAGUGAACUCUUUCCAACAGAUAGCGUCCAACGAGCCCCCGCCCGGCGGCUGCUCUGCGUUCUUCAGCGUCCACGGAGAGAAGGCGUGUGACGCGGCGGGCCUGGCCGCUCUGCUGGAGACUGCACCAGCACGUCCCAAGCCCUUCCUCUUCAAAGGCGACCACAAGUUCCCCGCGUCGAACCCCGAAGCUCCAGUGGUCAUCCUGUACGCCGAGAUUGGGAAACGAGAGUUCCCAAGCCUCCACCAGCUGAUGCUGUCCAAGGCCAACAAAGGCCUGGUGACAUACGUUCUCCGUCACUACCUGGCGUCUCCUAGCAACCGCAGAGUCUAUCUGUCAGGGUAUGGUGUGGAGCUAGCCAUCAAAAACCAGGAAUAUAAAGCCAAGGACGACACUCAGGUCCAAGGAGCCGAGGUGAAUGCUACAGUGUUUGGAGAGAACGACCCCGUGGACGAGGUCCAGGGGUUCCUGUUUGGAAAACUCAAAACCCUGUACCCAGAGCUGAAGGAACAGCUGAAAGAGCUGAGAAAGCACCUGGUGGAGAGCACCAAUGAGAUGGCUCCGCUCAAGGUCUGGCAGAUGCAAGAUCUCAGUUUCCAGACAGCAGCUCGUAUCCUGGCAGCUCCCCCCUCAGAAGCUCUUCAUGUCAUGAGAGACCUGAGUCAGAAUUUUCCCACUAAAGCCAGGUCCAUCACCCACACAGCGGUUAACUCUGAGAUUCGCAGAGAGAUGGGGGAAAACCAGAAGUUCUUUAAAGGGACUUUGGGACUGCAGCCUGGAGAAUCGGCCUUCUUCAUCAACGGCCUCCACAUCGACCUGGACACACAGGACAUCUUCAGUGUGUUUGAGGUGCUGCGUAGCGAGGCCCGGGUGAUGGAGGGGCUCCGCUCGCUGCACAUAGACACGCCCUACAUCCACGACAUCCUCCGGCUCAACGUCCAGCCCUCCGACUCUGACUACGCCGUGGACAUCCGCAGCCCUGCCAUCAACUGGAUUAAUAAUCUGGAGAUAGACGGCAGAUACAGCUCAUGGCCGUACAACGUCCAAGAGCUUCUCAGACCCACCUUCCCUGGAGUCAUCAGGCAGAUCCGCAAGAACUUCCACAACCUGGUUAUCAUCUUAGACCCAACCCACGAGAACUCUGCUGAACUCCUGAGUGUUGCCGAGAUGUUCUACAGCAACAACAUCCCUCUCAGGAUAGGCCUGGUGUUUGUGGUGUCUGACGGGGACGACAUCGACGGCAUGCAGGACCCGGGCGUGGCCGUGCUCCGGGCCUUCAACUACAUCACUGACGAGGUGGACAACCAGAGCGCCUUUGACGCCAUCAUAUCUAUGUUUAACCGCGUGCCCAGCGGGGGCCGCCUGGCGGUGGGGGACGUGGUGAAGGUGCUGGAGAAGAGGUUCCCCUACGUGGAGGUCAGCAGCAUCCUGGGAGCCGACUCCAGCUACGACACCAACAGGAAGGAGGCACGUGGUUACUACCAGCAGACGGGGGUGGGGCCGUUGCCCGUGGUGAUGUACAACGGGAUGCCCUACCAACGGGAACAGCUGGACCCUGAUGAGCUGGAGACGGUUACCAUGCACAAGAUCUUGGAGACCACCUCGUUCUACCAGAGAGCUGUCUACCUGGGUGAGCUGGCCAGUGACCAUGACGUGGUAGACUUCAUCAUGAACCAGGCCAACGUGGUCCCCCGCAUCAACUCCAGAGUCCUCUCCACCAGCAGGACAUACCUGGACCUGUCUGACACCAAUAACCACUUUGUGGAUGCCUACGCCCGUUUCCUGUUCCUGGACACCAAAGAGAAGAGCACGGCCGUGGCUAACAGCAUGAACUACAUGACCAAGAAAGAUGAUGGCUACAUCCGUCCAGUCACGUUCUGGGUGGUGGGAGACUUUGACCAGCCGUCUGGACGCCUGCUCCUAUACGACGCCAUCCGACACAUGAAAACCAGUAACAGUGUCCGCCUGGGCAUGAUCAACAACCCGUCGGAGAGCCCGUCCAGCGAGGGCAGCCGCGUGGCGCGGGCCAUGUGGGCCACCAUGCAGACCCAGACCGCCAACAACGCCAAGAACUUCAUCACCAAGCUGACCAAGGAGGAGACGGCCGCAGCGCUGGAGAGCGGCGCCCACGUGACGGACUUCGCCGUGGGGGGAAUGGAUGUGCCGUUGUUUCAAAGUGUGUAUGAGGGCCCUAAAUUGGACUUCCUGCUAUCCCACGCUGCCUACUGUCGAGACGUGCUCAAACUUAAGAAGGGCCAGAGGGCGGUCAUCAGCAACGGAAGGAUCAUUGGUCCACUGGAUGACGAGGAGGUCUUUAACCAGGAUGACUUCCUCCUAUUGGAGAGCAUCAUUCUUAAGACAUCUGGAGAGCGAAUCAAGGACAAAGUCGAGCAGUUUGGGGUGGAGGAAGACAGGGCCAGUGACUUGGUGAUGAAGGUGGAUUCCCUGCUGUCAUCCCAGCCCAAAGGAGAAGCCAGGAUGGAUCAUUCCUUCUCAGACGACCGCUACAGUGCUGUGAAGAUCCGGCCCAAGGAAGGGGAGGUAUACUUUGACAUUGUAGCCGUGGUUGACCCAGUUACCCGGGAGGCCCAGAAACUUGCUCCUCUCCUAUUGGUGUUGACGCAGCUGGUGAACAUCAACCUGCGUGUCUUCAUGAACUGUCAGUCCAAGCUCUCAGACCUGCCACUCAAAAGUUUCUACCGCUACGUGCUGGAGCCUGAGGUGGUGUUCCAGGCGGACGGCAGCCUGUCUCCAGGGCCCAUGGCCAGGUUCCUGGACAUGCCCCACGACCCCCUCUUCACCCUCAACAUCAACACCCCCGAGAGCUGGAUGGUGGAGGCCGUCAGGACACGCUACGACCUGGACAACAUCUACCUGGAGGAGGUGGAGAACAUGGUGGCAGCAGAGUACGAGUUGGAGCACCUGCUCCUGGAGGGGCACUGUUUCGACGUGAGCACGGGCCAGCCCCCGCGCGGCCUGCAGUUCACCCUGGGGACCGCCUCCAAUCCCGUCAUCAUGGACACCAUCGUCAUGGCUAACCUGGGUUACUUCCAGCUGAAGGCCAACCCUGGGGCCUGGGUCCUCAAGCUGAGGAAAGGGCGCUCCGAUGAAAUCUACAAGAUCUACAGUCACGAAGGCACAGACUCCCAGGCCGACUCGGACGACCUCAUCGUGGUACUAAACAACUUCAAGAGCAGGAUCAUCAAAGUGAAGGUCCAGAAGAAGCCAGAGAUGCUGAACGAGGAGCUGCUGAGCGACGGGUCCCAGGAGAGCGACUCAGGCUUCUGGGAGUCCCUCACCAGGGGGUUCACAGGUGGGUUGAAGACAGAAGAGUCCAAGCCGGAGAAGGAUGAUGUCAUCAACAUCUUCUCGUUGGCGUCGGGACACCUGUACGAAAGGUUCCUGAGGAUCAUGAUGCUGUCUGUGUUAAAGAACACCAAAACUCCUGUCAAGUUCUGGUUCCUGAAGAACUACCUGUCCCCUGCGUUUAAGGAGUUCAUCCCUCACAUGGCUGAGCAGUAUGGCUUCCAGUAUGAGCUGGUUCAGUACAAGUGGCCGCGCUGGCUCCACCAGCAGACUGAGAAGCAGAGGAUCAUCUGGGGCUACAAGAUCCUCUUCCUGGAUGUGCUCUUCCCCCUCGCCGUGGACAAGUUCUUGUUUGUGGACGCCGACCAGAUUGUGCGCACGGACCUGAAGGAGCUGAGGGACUUUGACCUGGAGGGGGCGCCCUACGGCUACACCCCCUUCUGUGAGAGCAGGAGAGAGAUGGACGGCUACCGCUUCUGGAAGUCGGGCUACUGGGCCAGCCACCUGGCCGGACGCAAGUACCACAUCAGUGCUCUGUAUGUGGUGGACUUGAAGAAGUUCCGUAAGAUAGCAGCAGGAGACCGUCUCCGAGGGCAGUAUCAGGGGCUCAGCCAGGACCCCAACAGCCUGUCCAACCUCGACCAGGAUCUGCCCAACAACAUGAUCCACCAGGUGCCUAUCAAGUCUCUGCCCCAGGAGUGGCUGUGGUGUGAGACCUGGUGUGACGACUCGUCCAAGAAGAAGGCCAAGACUAUAGACCUGUGUAACAACCCCAGGACCAAGGAGCCUAAGCUGCAGGCAGCGGUGCGCAUCGUAGCAGAGUGGAGCGACCUGGACCAGGAAAUCAAACGACUGCAGACCAGAAUACAGGAGAGAGCAGCAAGCAGCCCGACAGCACCGCAGGACCACACAGACCCUCAUACUGAGCUGUGAGGCUGCCUGCAGCAGUGAGGAGGGAGGAAGAGACUCUGUUUAAAGAGUCCGCUGUGCGAAGAGACUCCUCUCCCCCUGGACCUUAAGACUCGCCCGGCCGCCCAGCGAAGCUCGCUAAAACAUCCCCCCCCCGCCCUCUUCCUGUUUCUCUUUAUUCUGUUCUUCUUACUUGGUGUGGUUAGGUAGGGGCCGGGCUAACGAGAAAGGGGUGGUUGGUGUCGUGUGUGUAUGCGUCUUCCCGCGGGUAUGUGGAUGAAAGAGAGUGUGUGUAUUGGUGUGCAGUCAGUUUGUUUAAUAAAUCACGAUUAAGAGAUAUUUUCCUCGCCGAUACCCCCCCCCCCCCCAUUUCUCCUGUCGAAUCAUGUUUGCACUGAUUGGAAACUGCAUCAGGCUGUGCAGUGGAAAGGGAACACCAGAGAGAUGUCUCCAUGAACACCGCCUGGUUCAAAACAAACGCUUGUGGGAAGCGGGGCCAGAGCCCAUUCCAUUUAGAUUCAGCACAUCCUAUAAUGUGUCAUGACUGAAAAUAAACGAUACCUUUUUGACCGUUUUUGGCUUCCAACUUUCACAUGACUAGAUCGAGGUGGACCCGAGCACAUAUGAAGUCAGUGGUACAAGGUUUGUGCCGUAGUUGUGCUGAGAAUGGGGCCCGCAUGUGUUAGCUCAUGUGUCAGACGAGGGCAGUCUGUUCCAUGAGACGAGCUCUCACUGCACAGUGCAACAACUCAGGGAUAGAUUUUCUAGGGCCAUGGUGGGGAAACUGUCUUUAGGAUAGCUACUGUAUCUCAUGUAUGAAUUCAUGUUUUGGGGAAAGAUUGACGUAGAUUAUGACAUGCAGGUCAUAAGUAAGGCUGUUGACGUCACUACAGGCAUUUUAAAGAGGGAAGCAAACAGCAUCAUGAUUUCCCAACACCCAAUUAUUUUUCAGAAUCUGAAUGUUUUGUAGUAGACUGUUAAUUUGUAUGGCCUUACUCUGUUCACUGCUAAAUUGGACUUGAUUGAAUACUUUAUUUGUUGAGGUGAUUGUGGGUUGUUCACUAAUCUGUAGAUCCUUAUGUGAAACCUUUGCUAGAAUGUUCUCCCUUUCCCCAGGGUCAGGUUAGGUUUUCACUGCUGCGGGUGGGAGGGGCUCCAGGGUCAGACUUGCUCAUCACCAAGCACUGCUGUUUCUGUUUCUCUUUGAUUCGCUAGAUGUUCAUUGUUGGAAAUCAAUACUUUUUAAUAAAACAAAUACCCAGCAUGGGUAGUUUAGUAAUGACA